UUCAUCAAUAGCUUUAGUAAUCGGGUAAACUGUGCUUACUGUCUGUGCAUACUGAUUGAAGUAUCAAUAAUGUAUUAUAGUAGCAUUUAAAUAAAUGGUGUUGAACAUAAAAAAACAGCACAUUAAUCAUGAUAAAAAAUAGAUAUGUAAUCUAGUACAUAUACAUGUACUCAUACAUAGUCUCACAGAGGGAUACCUAUACAGAUAAUACACUGGUACUAAUAAACUGAUCACAAGUCUAGACUGGUAACAUUUCACUGAUCUGAGUGGCACAAUCAGCAAAAUGUUUGCAGUCUAUUAAAAUCAAGAAAUUAUUAAUAACAUUUUCAAAAACAAGAAAUAAAUCAAGCAUUUCAGUAACAAGGACAACAUCCUCUCAUGGGACAGUUUUAUUUCCUCGCUUUCCUUUUACAGGAAACUGAAAAUACAAGAAACAUGUAAAUUGCUGCAAACAGAAAAAAAUAUAUCAGGUUGAUGUCAUUCACAAGGGAAUCAUCAUGGUUCACACAAGAUCCCCUUCGCAAGAACUGAUUCUCCCCCCUACAGACCCCCUACCCCCUGAGGAGCCCCAGAUCCCGCCUGACUGGCACACCUUCCACUUUGAUGAGAACCCGUACCUGAGCGGCCUAUAUGGGGCCCUAGGGGGACUACUGGCCGGGGGUGCCCUCCUGGGGAUCCUCUGGUACUUCUAUGGCAUAGAGUUCCUCCUCUCCGUGUACAUCGCCGGUCCGAUGGCCCUCCUGCUGCUGAUUGGGAUGAGUCUCUCUGUGGCAUGCCGGUGCAUCAUCUGUAUCCUGGUCCCCGAGCUCCUGGGUAAGUACGGGCGGUGGGUGCUUUACUCCCUCCUCCUGGCAGCCCUGGUCAGUGGGCCAGUGUCCAAUAUCUCCACCAACAUGGAGCGCAUGUCCAACAGCAUGAGCUGUAGCGUGGAGAUGAUCAAAAACCAGACAAGGGACCUACAACAACAGUUCCUCGACCCUUUCAAUGACAUCAAGGCAAGUGGCUUCUUGCAUGGGAUACCAUGA